AUGGAUCGAACUCUCCAAAACACACACGCGAAGCUCCUGGCGCGUGACAUCAACCGCCUGACACAGUUACCUACAGAAACUAACUCCUUCACUCUCGGUGGCUGUACGUGUCUAUCACGCGUAGAGACAGUGGGCACGAUCGUAUCUCGCGACAUGACCCCUAAGUUCCUCAAGUUCGGCGUCGACGAUGGCACGGGCUGCGUCACGUGCGUCAUGUGGCUCAACCAGCUCACGUCGUCUUACUUCUCCCGGUGGGACCCUAACACGGUUCUGCUGCUCGCAAGCGCCGCGCGUAAUCAAGCCGCGGAUAUAAAAAUCGGAGCCGUGGCUCGCGUUCGCGGCCGCGUCGGCUCGUACAGAGGAAUGAUGCAGAUCACAGCGACUGUUGUGGUGGUCGAGAGAGACCCUAACGCGGAGAUGUUGCACUGGUUGGAGUGUGUAAGACUCGGUCGAAGCUGUUAUCGUAUUCAAAAUUAA